UCAAAUUCUCUCCGUCACAUGGUUCUACCAUUGAGCUGAGCGAGGAAUAGAGUGUAGAGAGAUCGAUGGAGGGGGUUUGAAAAACUGUGGAGGAAAAUCUGACAGUUCGAUACAACACAGGUGAUACAGUGGAAAAUAGUUAAUCUGUCUGAUUGUUUUGCUUUUCCCUUUGGAAACGGUUCGCAUUCACAGGGGGUGGACGGAGGUGUCAAAAAAUGCCAAACGCAAUGAUUCAUUAUGCUCAUGUUUUCUCACACACAAGAAGCUCCGGUUAUCGCCUUUAAUUGAUUAUGCUAGUGGGGAGUGGAUGGUCCGAGUGGAAGCAGAAUUUGAAGGAACCGACCAAGGUGGAUGCUGCGCGCCGUCGCGCAUCCCGAAUCGCUGAGCUGAAUCCCAGGGAGGUUGUGGUGUGCAUGUGUGUGGUGAGUGUGUGGUUGUGAGAGAGAGAGCGCCAGCGCUCCCACAUGGCCUCCAUGCAGGACGGGCUGAACUUCACGUCUCCUACCUACGGCAAGGUCCUGCUGCUGGGUGCCAUCGCUGCUGCCUCAGCCUUCAUCGUCACCAUCCUCAUCGUGGUGCUCUGUGUGGGCUGCCAGAGGAAGGGAAAGACGCAUAAUGUCUCCAGUGAAAGUGGGAAACACAGGUUGAUGGACAUGAGUAUACUCAGGCAGUCAAAGCUGCGUUCCAUCAGCAAGUCGGACGGUGAGAUGAACAAGCUAAACUGCAAUGGCAAAAAGUCAUCUAAAAAGAACCGUCCAUCUAGCAUGGACCUCCUGCCCAGCCGCCGGUCCAACUCCGACCUCCGGUCAGGGGGAAGGACGCUACCCCAGAUCCCCUCUGGCACCGGAGAGGACGGGGAGCACACCUACUCUGAGGUAGGUCAACGCUCCUCCCCGAAGCGUGGCCCUGAUAACAACCUCUACGCCAUAGUGGGCAGGGCCGGAGAGACCGACACCCCAGCCCCUCCGGCCGUCCCAGCCAACACCCCUGCCCCCCCUGAUCUAGACGGGGAUGGGUUGAAUGAACCGCUCCCCGAGCCUGAGCCCAUGCCCCAGGCUAUGGCUCCUCCACACCCCCCGGAGACGACUGCAGAGUACGCCUGCGUCCGGAAGCUCCGGAAGGUGGACAAGGCUGUCCCCCAGAAGAGAGACAGCGGGACCGAUAUGGGGGAGGCACCGGUGCCGCCUCCCCGCCACGCCCCACCAUCACACCCUGCCCCGCCUCCGCGCCACGCCCCACCAUCACACCCUGCCCCGCCUCCGCCACACCCUCACAGUAUGAAGAUGCCCCGGAAAAACAUGGAUGCUUUCAAGCUGCCCACCUUCCCCAAGGAGGCAGUGUUCAUGGGUAAUGGAGAGCAGUACAUAUGGAAGCCUCCAGAGGAUGAUGACAUCACCAUGCUCCAAAACAAACCGUUAGGCCCUCUGAGUCCUCACAGUGGAGAGAACAUACAGCCUUCCACUGCUAUGGUUGCAGAGAUGUACUCCAAGGUAUGCAAACCAGGCAAGAAGAAGAGAACUGUUCCUGGGUCUCCUCCAGCAAACAUUGGCUUCCGGACCUUGGGGCGUGGUGACCGGGACCGGGAGCGAGAUGGGGGAUUCAGUGUGGUGGUCAAGCCACAGACCUGGGCCCCGCAAGAGGGGAAACCCGUCGGAGGAGCCUCUGCCACUCUGGAAGACCACUGUUAUGAGUCCAUCGAGACGGGGGAGGAGUGCGACCCCACUUAUGAGCCUAUGGAAGGUGGUGGUGGUUGGAAGCGAGUUGGAGGAACCGAACGGCCUCCAAACACCUGUGCCACACUCAGGCCCAGGAGGAAGAAAUCCCAUCAACCCUUGCAGCAGCAGCAGCCUCCUCCGCCGCCGCCCACACAGCAGACCCCCAAGUUACAGCACCUUCCAGCCAAAGCCCUGCUGCUGCCCGGGGAGAACCUGUACGAGAGCAUUGGGGAACUGAAGCAGGGCGGAACUGCCAACUCCAGCACCACUACCAUCUUCACCUUCAACGACGGCAUGGAGAUGUAUGUCACUGGGCUCUAAGGCUGUGACCUAUCUGACCUCUUACCUCCUUCCCAGCAAAAAGAAGACCACGGUUGGGAAGAGCUGGUUGAGCCCCUCUCAUGCUCACUCACACAUACUGUCUACAUUACAGUCAUAACUUCCUGCCUUUCAGAGCCUAGGGCAAAAGGGUUGGUCAGUGGUUAACGGGCUGAAGAGAAAGUCCUUUGCUGGGUCAAACCCCUAUCUUGAAUCCAAAGGUAGUGAUGAGAAAUGAGCACAAAACUAUUACAGAGAAAUCUGUAGGAUGGUAGCACUAUUUUAACAAUGUGCACAGCACAAUUAGAGGGAAAAUUGCCUAAAUUCUUCACCCAUUUUAGUGGGUAAAAUCAUAGAAAUAAACUCAGCAAAAAAAGAAAUGUCAUCACUGUCAACUGCGUUUAUUUUCAGCCACCUUAACAUGUGUAAAUACUUGUAUGAACAUAACAAGAUUCAACAACUGAGACAUAAACUGAACAAG